GAUCAACUUCACCGCCUUUGUCGGAAAUCGGCAGAAUAUUUUUCAGGCUCUUAGGAAAAUAUUUCGAUAGUAACUAGUAUCAUUAAGCAAGAUGGCUCCUUCAAAACAUAUAGAAACCGAAUUGGAAUCGGAGCCAGAACAAUACCAUUCCCCUACUGCGGAUGAUUCAUCUAGCGAAGACAAUGGAGUCGAAAUACCAGAGCUAGCCCGCCCGUCCAAAAGGCGUCGAGUAUCAUCAUCAUCAUCCUCAUCAAGCUCCUCCCCAGAAGCAGCGAAACCACCACCACCAGCAACACAACAACCCCUCUUCCCAACCAUCUCCCGAAUAAAAAAGAAACCCACAGAGCCCGGCAACAACACCACCGGAAGAAAUAAUGGGAACACCAUCAUAACCGCAGACCCCAUAACCGCCAAAGAUGCCCUAGCAGCCGCAGCACCAUCGGAUGGCUCGUCGUCAUUUGCCUCCCUCGGCCUUGCGCCAUGGCUUGUAGGCUCGUUGUCGGUAAUGGCUAUUAAACGGCCGACAGCGAUUCAGAAAGCGUGUAUACCGGAGAUUAUAAAGGGGCGCGAUUGCAUUGGUGGGAGUAGGACGGGUUCGGGGAAGACGGUUGCGUUUGCGGCGCCGAUUUUGCAGAAGUGGGCGGAGGAUCCGUUUGGGGUUUUUGCGGUGAUAUUGACGCCGACGAGGGAAUUGGCUCUGCAGAUAUUUGAGCAAAUCAAAGCUAUUUCUGCGCCGCAAUCUCUGAAGCCUAUUCUCAUUACUGGUGGAACCGAAAUGCGGCCGCAGGCUAUUGCUCUCUCACAACGCCCUCACAUAGUCAUUGCCACACCUGGUCGUCUUGCGGAUCAUAUAACCAGCUCCGGAGCAGAUACGAUCUGCGGCCUCAACCGCACACGCGUCGUCGUUCUCGAUGAAGCCGACCGGCUUCUAGCAUCUGGACCCGGAAGCAUGCUGCCGGACGUGGAAACCUGUCUCUCCGCGCUCCCCCCUUCGACAAGUCGCCAAACACUCCUCUUCACAGCCACAGUCACCCCGGAGGUUCGAGCGCUGAAAUCCAUGCCUCGCCCCGCGAACAAGCCUCCGAUCUUCGUCACUGAAAUCUCUACAGAAAACCAAGCUACCAUCCCGCCCACGCUCAAGCAGACAUAUCUCCAAGUGCCCCUGACCCAUCGCGAAGCGUUUCUCCACACCCUCCUAUCGACGGAAGCCAACGCGCCAAAACCCUCUAUUAUCUUCUGCAAUCGAACGAAGACGGCAGAUCUCCUUGAACGUAUGCUGCGGCGCCUUGGUCAUAGGGUCACGUCGCUACACAGUCUUCUCCCGCAGUCGGAACGUACUGCGAAUCUGUCGCGUUUCCGUGCCUCUGCAGCCCGUAUAUUAGUCGCGACUGAUGUCGCUGCUCGUGGCCUGGAUAUCCCCAGCGUAAGCCUGGUGAUAAACUUUGAUGUGCCCCGCAAUCCGGAUGAUUAUGUCCAUCGUGUUGGUCGGACGGCUAGAGCUGGGCGGGAGGGUGAAGCGGUUACGCUGGUGGGUCAACGUGAUGUGCAGCUAGUUUUGGCUAUUGAAGAUCGUGUCGGGAAGAAAAUGAUCGAGUGGAAGGAGGAGGGAGUUAGCAUCGAGGGUCGCGUUGUGCGUGGUGGAAUUAUAAAGGAGGUGGGAGAAGCGAAGCGGGAGGCUAUGGGUGAGGUCGAGGAAGGGAGGGAUGUGCUUGGACGUAGGGUGAGGAAGUUAAAGAAAAUCCGCCAGAACUGAUAAAUCUUUGUCUCUUUUUCUCUUUUCUUUUUCUUUUUCUUAUUCUUCUUCCAUAUCUGUCUCAUUCGUCAAUUUUAUCGUGUUCAGUUUCCCCUCCCGGUUGUUCAUCAAGCUGCCCCCAGGAAACAUAGAAGCCCCUUAGUAGUCGUAGUACCACUUUGGGGCCCGACGGAUCCUUUUUGGCCGGCGUUCUGUCUCCGCCUGCAUUGGAGUUGAAGUCUCUUUCCGUUUUAUUUUCCGGCUCGUCGGCGCCUUUGCCUCAGCUCCCUCCUCCAGAACCAUAUCCUGAGUUUGACUCCGGGCCUGAACCUCUGGCGCGGAAGAAGCGACUACCUGUUCACCACGAACAGCCUGAGAUGUGAUACCGGCUGGCGCAGCGUCAGGAAUGUUCUUUCUACUUCUCGUUAUCCUGUCUGGUUGCAUCCUGGGAUAUUCUCCGGGCGUGGCUGCUAUGUGAUGCCACCGAGAAGCUCUGCCGCUCUCGAUUGCUGCUGGGAGAACCGUUUCUUGAGCGUGGGGCUCCUCUCCCUUGUUUUCCGGUAAAUUGAACUCUUUUUGUUGAUUUGGAAAGAUGUCCAUCUCCAAUACCACUCCUUCUGGGAGCCCCCGCCCGGCUGAGCGACUCCUAAGCACUCUUCUUGACUCUCCCUCAUCGCCCUGGACGUUGAGAAGAGCAUGAUUAUCGUCUAGAAACUCCCCAUAAUCACCUUCUGGAGCCACAGAUUCGGUACCACCACAUUUUGAAGGCGACUCCGUUGCCUGUUGAUCCGGUUCGGGAGCAAUGUUGGCCCUCGGCGCAAGUCCACCCUCAUUAGUGGAUGGUUCUUGUGGUUGCCUCCAUUGGUUCGCUCGUGGCUCAUCCUCCACUGUCUCACGAUUUAUGGCCUCACUUCCUCUCGUGGUUAUCUCCAAAAGCAACGUGGUUGUGGUUUUGAGUGCGCAUUUCCUUUGUGUAACUGGCUCUGCUUUAGCAGCUCUCUCUCCUGGUUUCGGGACAGGGUUAGCUCCUAAUGCCACGUCUCUUCUCCACCGGUGAAUCUCCGGGCUAGAUACCGAAACAUCGUCGGAUCUCUGCCUCUUGACCACCGCUGGUUCCUUUGGUCUCGCGCUACUUUGCUCCCCGCGUGAACAUUUAUCGCUUGGACCUUCUUCGGGUGCGGAGAUGACAUCGUAAGGACAAUAUUUAGGGGAACCUGAGUCUGCUCCCGCAGUGCUUUCCCCAUUGUCCAUUGGCAGCACCUGUAUGCCGUGGCUAUCUCUUAACCCUUCUGCACCUGUUAUAGGAAUGUCUCCCGUAAUUUUAUCACCUUCCGAGGCUUUGACCUCCCCUUUACUACUACCGGACCCUGGGCGCCGUUUCAUCUUCAACCACCCCGAUUUAUCCAUCCACCUCCCCGUUUCCACGCCCCAUGAGAAUCGAGUGCCAGAAUUAUCAUCUUUUCGUUCGGGGUUCCCCACAGCUUCGUACCGACGAUAGAUGGCGCGCCUGGUGCCCGCAAAAGACAGAAAAGAAAAAGCAUCAUUAGAUCUUUCUUCCUCGGAGUAGACGGGUAAAUCUCAGGGAAUAAAAAAUUGGGCGUCCACAAGGAACAAAUCUCACAGUGGCUUUUCUCCUUUCCAACCCAAUUGUUCACGCCAAAAAUCUGUGCCCUGACCUCUCCCUUCAUAAUCACCGGAAAACAAUAUCUUACAUCCUUCUGCCCACCGACAGCGCAUGACUAAUAAAAUGGUCAGCUUUACUUCGUGCUUGGGAGCAAGAACGAAUAAAAAUCAAGUUCAAAUCAAUUGUGAUGGCACUCACCUUCCUUCGACUCAACGGUUCUGAAUAUCCCCCCGGCAUUCGCCUCUGAUUCUGUGCAUAUACCCACCUGGGCUGUUCUUUCCGUCGCCUUCUGUCCCCUCCUAGUUACAGGCGGCAUUUGCCCGAUCCUGUUGGAUAAGUUUCUGUAUAGAAUUGCCGUGAUGAGAUUCCGUUCCCCACGCCUCUCUUUUCUCGGCCCUAUGGAGGUAUUUAUUUAUAUCUGAAACUAUCCGGAGGGCCUUACUUAAACGGCCUCUUUCACCACCUCGAUGCCCUGUUUCAAGCAGUGGAGAUAUCGAAGAAGGGGCAACAACGGCGAGUUAAAACUGGUAUUAAGUUAGUAUGGUUGAGAAUGGUGUUUUUGGUGUUUUUGGUGCUUUCCUUUUUGCCUCUAUUGUUUAACAAUGGCGAGAAAGAACCUGGAGAAUUUCCUAGAAUGACAUGACCCAGGGAGGGGAUCUAUCCGGGAAUCUCCAGUUCUCUUUUACUUUUUCAUUUUGGCUUUGAUGGGGCUUAAGCUGCAUGCGUGUGGUAACACUCGGUAGCUUGCUCUCCUGCACAACGCCGGAAUUGCAAACCCCGAGUAGAAUAUAGAUUCAAUAUAGUGAAAUGAAACACAGCGCAAAAGAAUGUGUGUGGCCUGUUGUGUUUAAAGGUUCAUCAUAAUCUACCAUAUACCCUGGAGCUGCCUUUCUUGCUUGUUCCUCUUGUUUCAGUAAUAAUGGCCAUUGUUUGAAGUCUCAUUCUUCUCGUCUUUAUUUCUUUAUUUCCCCUCGGUUUCGUGGGCUCGGGAGAUUCAUUUCUCUUGUAGUCUAUUUUAAUUAUUUAGCCUAAGCUAACUAUAAUUUGGUCGCCCAAUAUCAUCAGUAGAUUUUAGAUCUCAGACCUUCAGCUACAUAGUUACAUACUUUUACCUACUCAACCUAGAGCAAGCUCCUGUAAAGAACAAGAAAUGAGAAAGGAAACAAAGAAAGUCAAGUUUCCACCAUUAAGACUCUGCCCACCCAUGCAAACCCACCCUUCUCCAAAAAGCACCAGUAAACGAACCACAGCCAAAAAUUUAAUAUCACACCUGAAAAGUCUCCGGGAACAUGCCGUAGCGAUGCCAUGUUUUAACCAAUGCAUGACUCCUACAGGACCUAGAUUACCUAUGGAAUCAAGACAUUAUGCGCUCAGGAAAUACCACACUCAGAUCUACCGUGAAGAAGUAUCUGCUCUGCCGGACAACUCCGCAUAUACAGUUAUCACGUAUCUUUUCAGAACUAUGCCCGCGCGGGGCCCGGAAACCUGACACAUACGGGGAUCUGGGAUGGCUACGACUUUGCCUACGAGCUGGUCACUGUCUACGGAGCUCGAGCGGCUAAUAACCUACAGGAGGUGGAGGAUGAACAUGGCUUCAAAUCGGCGCUGAAGGUGCCGUAUUUUACUUGUCUAGGUCGAACAAAAAAUCUGGCAAGGAAUUCAAUGCGUGGCUUGCAUUUGGUUAUUAACUAAUAUUAAUGCAGUUGAUGGCUUAAGAUAAGGUAGGAGGCGCUGAGAUGGGUCUGAUGCACGCUAUUUGCCAUAAUAGCGUUGAAGGUUAUUUAUUUCCACGGUGGGGACCAGCAACAGCUGUGCGAGGGGUCCCUUUCGCGCCCGCUUGCCUGCUCUCCUGGGCACCACCAACACCCGUCUUUGCCCUGGCUUUCUGAUCGGCCUUAUUGGCCUUCCUAGCAGCUGCGGCGGCCGCUCUUGCAGCCCUUGCAGCCCACUGUUGUUCCACAUAGACCUCCCUCCGCCUCUCAAGCAGAUACUCAUAAAUAUCCGCCUCGUACUCUGCACACUCGGCCUUAAACGCCUUAUACGCCCCAAAAUUGCGCAAGCGGCGCUCAAACAACGCAUCUCCAAUACUGCGAAUAACCAGCAUGCGCACCGGCGCCGACUUGGGGAAAUUCGCAUACACCAUCCGCACAUCGUCGAUGUAGAUCUGCUUAUCCGCCAUUCGAUUCAUGCGCACCCACAUGUCAUCCUGGACGGCGUAGACGUCCAGGAUCUCUGCCGCUUCGAGGAUGCGGGUGUACUUGGCGAAGGGGAGCCGGUCGAUUUUGGCGUACCCAUGCCGCGCGCCCUUGCAGCAGGCCAGCAUCCAUCUAAAAACCACGAGAUGGGCCUGUGCGACGCCGCCGUAUAUGGUUACGGCAUUAGUGCCGUUGCAGCCUUUGCGGGCUACAGUGGGCUCGUGUUUAGCGGGGAAGCAGUCUUUGAUAUAAUAAGAGAAGUGGGUGGCUAGCCACAGGGGAUAUGUGUCGUAGAUGGGUUGGGGAGUUGCAUCCUGAGUGCUGGCGUGGAGGAUGCGGAUUUUAGGUCCUCCUAGGAGACUGGACAUGGUUAAUUAUUAAUGGAUGGUUGAUCGAGAAUAAGCAACGGGAAUACCGUGAGGCAAUAGAUAAUUAUAUCAUAUGCGGCUUGUUCAUGUAGGAUUUACUUACUAGCUCAUGCCAGGGGUUAGAUAGACGGGAACCAUUUUGAAUAUGGAUUCUCCGUUCAAACGAGGUCUUAGAAUUCGGCAGGCGGGACAAAUGUAUAUGAUAUAU